UUUGAGCCAUAUUACUUCAUGCGUAACACUGUUGGGAUCGCAGCAGAUCAACCGUGUCGAGGUCCUUUUUAUGGUGGAUGGCUGGACUUGCGUAGCAAACAACAGAAGCCAUGUACCCCGGUGGGUCAAAGAUAGUCAAGGCCAAUAAUGAAAGGCCAGAUGCUUUUGAGUCCUCAAUUUCUCAAGCUCUUCUUGAAUUAGAGAGUAACAGUGAUCUGAAAACCCAAUUACGGGAGUUAUAUAUCACGGCGGCAAAGGAAGUCGAUGUGGGAAGUGGUAGACAUGCGAUCGUGAUAUUCGUUCCAUUUCCUCAACUCAGAUCGUUCCAAAGAAUCCAAGUCAGAUUGGUCAGAGAGUUGGAAAAGAAAUUCAGCGGAAAACAUAUCGUGUUUAUUGCGCAGAGGAGAAUUCUCCCUAAGCCAACGAGGAAGACAAAGUCGAAAAGCAAGCAAAAGAGACCAAGAAAUCGUACACUGACAUCAGUACACGAUAAUAUUCUUGAAGAUAUUGUUUAUCCUGCUGAAAUCGUUGGCAAGAGGACUCGAGUGAAGUUGGAUUGUUCCAGGCUGAUCAAAGUACACUUAGAUAAGAGCCAACAAAACAAUGUCGAACACAAGUUGGACACUUUUGGAGCCGUCUACAAGAAACUUACCGGCAAAGAUGUGACUUUUGAAUUCCCGGAGUAUUACUAAAGUCCUAAAAUAUGCUCAGGAUAUGCAGAGUCGAGAAAUAAAACAAAAAAAUCGUUC